AUCCAACUCCCAACUGGGGUUACCGGAGAAAUGGCUUUGCCGUCGGCCACCACAACAACUCUUUUCCGACCACCGCCAACUUCACAUCUACCGCCUUCAUCAUCACCCUUCUUUCUUCCUCUCUCAUCUUCAAAACCCCGAUUUCGAUGCUCAGCGAGUACGUUUACAUCAUCCCAACAGAAGAACGAAGCAGAAUUGGAAAACAAGAAAUACGACUUAUUGAAAGCUGUUCAAGACACUCAACGUGGACUCGUCACUACCCCUAAUCAACGCUCUGAAAUUGAGGAGUCCUUGGUGGAUUUGGAGAGUUUUGAAGUGGGUAAUGAAGCAAUUGAUUUGGGGACGUUGGAUGGAACAUGGCGAUUGCAGUAUACAUCUGCCUCUGAUGUUCUUGUUCUUCUUGAUUCUUCCUCCAGACUUCCUUUUUUUCAGGUUGGCCAAAUAUUUCAAAAGUUUGAAUGUAAGGGUGAAGAUGAUGGAGGCUACGUCCGCAAUGUUGUUCGUUGGAGUAUUCCCAGCUUGUUAGAGGAGAAUGAAGGUGCCACCCUUCUUGUUUCUGCAAAAUUUUCUAUCGUGUCCCGGCGUAACAUCUUCCUUCAGUUUGAAAAGAUAGCUCUUCAAAAUAUAAACAUCAGUGAAGAAUUGCAAGCUCUCAUAGCCCCGGCAUUGCUGCCACGGUCUUUUUUAACACUACAGGUCUUGCAAGCAAUUCGUACAUUUAAAGCGCAAGUUCCAGUGAAUAAUACGAGCCCAGGAAGGCGUUCCGUGGGAGGACUUUACUACCUCUCGUAUCUCGACCGGAAUAUGCUUGUGGGUCGAGCUGUAGGGGGUGGUGGUGUAUUCGUGUUUACUCGAGCUCAAAACAUCGUGUAAGUUAGCAAUCCGACUCCAAAAAUCGAGCUAGUACGGUGCAUCAAGGGGGUCAGGAGUUGCUAUACAUGCACUUAAAAAAAGUUAAACGUUGGAUACAGUUAUGGAUUUCUAAAGAAAAGUAUGUAUCCAUUUUUUUUGUUUAUCGAGAAAAUAAAUUAACUAAACGAAUAUUUUUUUUAUUAAUAAAUUACGUAUUUCAGUUUAUAGAUGAUGGUAAUU